CAUAUCGGAAAAUGAGUUCAAAGCGUCAAGUCGUCGUCGUCGUCGUAGCAGGCCAUUUAACUCGGAUUUAGCUCUCGCUGUUGCGUGUGUGUUUUGUGGCCACUUUUUUCACUCUCGGUGCAAGCGCAAAAUUUUGCUGGAAAAAGUAAUUUCCAGCGACCAUCCGGAUCCAGGAUCCGAAUCCGGAUUGCUGCCAGGAUGUCAUCCACGGGGGAAAGUGGUUGAAAUCGGUUGUGUUUGUUAGUGAUUUCGUACAAGGGCACAGCACCAGUUGGGAGAAGAAAAUAUUUUUCGAUUUUGUGCGGAUUUUUUUUUCCUCCACUCUCUUUCGUAUAUUCCUAUUUAAAACGCUAGUGAAUGGCCGCGCGAGUGGUCGUGGCGGAUCACGGAGUCCCAGGACGGCAGCGGGGCAUUGAAACGAGGGGAAGGCUGAAGUUAAUGAGUUGUGCAAGCAGCAGCAGCAAAUGAAAUCUGUGAAGAAAUCGAAACAGCAGCAAGAAAAAAUGUAUUUUGUACCGAAGAAAUACUGCUCCGAAUUGGGACAGGUGUUACGAAAAAGGCAAAUAAGUGCAUAUUUAGCGUAAAGGGCGAGUAGCACGGUCCGAAGAUUGCUUUGAGUGCCAAGACAAAGCACAAAAGUGUAAAAGAAUUUGAAUUUGGGUGAUUAAAAAAGAAGUAUUGAAGGCAAAUAUCCUAACAACUGUGUGAAAAUUACCGAAUGGCCUACUUUGCUAAUGUAAUAAGAGGUGCAAACGCGAGUAGUAAAUCACAUAAGGCAGCAUAAGGAAGUCCGAAAAAAUGAAAAUCGUGGAUCGUAGAGUUCGGCGAUAAAAAGAAAUAUUAUUGCACUGUCGAAAUGGCCGCUCCAAACGGCGAUGCGGCCAUGCGUGGCAUGGUCGGUAUCGGUGGCCCAUCUUCCUUAGUUCCUGGCCCCAACAGUAGCACCACCAUUCGACAGCAGGUCGUACAUCACCAGCAACUGCAACCACCGCCGGCACCGCAUCACCCUCCCAUGCCGAACCACAUCCAGCAGCUCCAGAAUCUAACGACGGCAGGAGGAGCCCACAACUCAACCGUCGUACUCCACAAUGCCAUACAUCAACAGCAGCAACAUCGGAUCCAGCAGCAUCCGCCACCGCCAAGACAGCAGCUGUUUCACCAUCAACAACAGCAACAGCAUAAAAUUUCCCAGUUUAGUGGGAAUAUUAAUAAUUUGGUGUUUGCUGCUAGUGUCGAAAAUGCUUCCGCGAGUGGUGAGAUGAAUAUGGCACGAAGUGGCCUAAGUGGUGGGCGGGAAGGGAGUAACGUGGUUGUAAAUAUAGCUAGUGUGAAUCCGUCGGGAGAGAAUAGUGGGAGUUCAGCAAGUAGCAAUAGUACUAGUAUCAAUCCUGUUGUAAACAGGAUAGCAAGCACAAGUGUUGGUCACAUUCCAGUGGAAAAUGUUCAAGUGUUGCAGCAAUACCAGCAGCUGAACGAGACUUCGUCGAAAACUUCCUCGGCCACAAUGUCACCACGUGCCGCCACCAACGUGGCACCCGGCUGGAGAAGGAUCAAGUACAACUGCGAGAUUAUCUACAUAAGUCCUUCCGGUGCGCCGCUCCGAAAUUUCAACCAGGUGAAGGAAUACCUCCUGAGUGGUGGCACAUGCAAGUGUGGUCUUCCAUGUCCCUUUCGUCCGGAGGCGUUUUUCGAGUUUGACUCACAGGUUCCUAAUGCGUCUUUGGAUAGCAACUUACCUCACAACUUCUGUUUGCAUCACACUGGAUACAUGGAAAAAGUGGAAAUAGUGCGUCGAGGGAAGAAAGUUAUAGAGUCCGAUGGGAGUUCGACAAAAGAUAUACUGUCGUUGUCUGAAGGGGCUAACUUCACGCACCAAGCGACUCAUGACAUCAGAUUACCGGUUCCCGCCAAUACCAAGUUAAUCGCAAACGACGGAACUAAUUCUUCCAAUAUACCAUCGAGUGUGUUAAACCACGGACCGUCUGCCGUAACACAACAGGUUCUACUCCAGUCAGACAAAGAAAUAUCCAGUAUUCCACUGUCGAAGACGCCACCAUGGCGAAAAAACAAUCCCCCAUCCGCUUCCAAACCAAAUCCGUCGGCAGCUCCAGUCGUAAUGGCUCCGCGACAAAUGCAUUCGUCUUCAGUGUUAGUGCCAGGCAAAACAUCCGUACAAAGUGUUAAUCAAAACGAGCAGAUAGUCAAAAAUAGUAGAAUAAUUAACGAGCCACUGGCUCCAAGGGAUUGGCCGGCGGAGGAGGGCCUGAGUAUGCCACCUCAGGAAGUAAACAAAGUGAAAAGUACAACCAAAAAACGGCCCAACUUUAAGGACGAUCCGACAGGUUACCUGAACCAGCAGACGGCCAUUCUACACAGUUCGAUAUCCACCUUGCACAGUCCGGACGGAUCGUCUUCUUCACAGGAGGGAGCAACCCACCUCAAAACUGUCGUCGGUUACGAUUCUGGAGAACCGGAGACGCCGCAAACGGAUCGUGGCAGCGUCGAUGACAGCACAUCGACGACCACGAUGACGCUUGGUGGUCAGACGGUAACGCAUAUAGCAAAUGGCAUGGUCCAGGUGCAACAGAACUGUGAUAUUAGUCAUAUGAAACUACAGCAGCAAAUGCAGUUCCAGCAGCAGCUUCAACGUCAAAGUCAGUUGGUUCGACAACAUCACGAGCAGCUUCAGCUUUUGCAACAGCAGCAAAGUAGUGAGAGUGCGUCGAAAAAUGUUAAUGUGAGAUUUGUGACUACCGCACAGGAAUCUCCAGUACCGUGUAACAACGUCACAUUUACAACUAGCCGGACUCCGGAUGUUACCUCUACUUCGCCGAGCACGCCCGAUCUUAAAGGACCCGUGCAGGGAGGAGCGGUUUCGACCAGCAAUCGAAGCCCGAUGCUCCAGGGUAACGUUAUAAUGGCACGAGCAGAAUCUCCUGAAACCUUUUCCAGUCGGAACUUUGUUCAAAGUCCAGUUGGGAUCGGGAUGCCCAAGAACCAAAGUAUUAGUAACAAUAGUAAUGCUGCUUACGGUGGAAAUGCACCGGUUCCUCGUCAUAUAAUUGCAGCAAAACCCUUAUCCGGUUUGAGUUCUGUUGAAAACAAAAUGAUCAAGAGUACUUCUAUCAGAGAAAAUGAUACAGGAGCGGAAACUUCCACUGGAGCUGUUUUGAAAACGGAAAAGGUGUUGAUACAUAAUUCCGGUUCUUCAACUGUUGUUGGUUUCAACCAGCAGGGCCAAAUGAUCACUCAACAGCAGCCACAGCAGCAACAGCAGCAUCAGCAGGUCCUCAUGACGUCGAAUGGACAGAUCAUCCUGAUGUCCGCACAGCCGAACAAAAAUCCCAACACAAUCGUGAUGAGUGGCAAUUCAAAUAAUCCUGGUGGUGGCGGCGGAGGAGCAUCAAUUUCGCCUAACGUGAUUAUCCCUCAACAGUCUAUGAUGGGCGUAAAUACUUCGCAAUAUAUAAGCACGGGCUCGUCUGGUAAUACGGUAUCGACUGUCACCACAAAUGCAGGCUCGAAUAGCAGUGGAAUUAUGCACAACAUCACCCAACAUCACCCCCAGCAGUCGAACAUUAUUCAUCACUCGCAAUCAAAUGCAAAUUCCAGCUUCCUGAUCAAUCCACAAAACAAUAUGCAACCGACUGUGAUAUUGAAUAAUGGCAACGUUAUUCAGUCCGGAGGGCAGCAAAUAUUGACGGCGGCCAACGGUUCCCAAAUGAUUCACUCUGGAAACGUGCUGACGACGGCAGCAGCUUCAGGACCGAAAAUGAUUUCUGGCAAUGGAAAUGCUGGCAUAAUUACCAAUCAGUCUAACAUCAAUCAAUUACUCAGCCUUCCGCCGAACAGUAUUGUCAUACAACAGCCUAAUUACAAUUCCGUGCAAGAGGGUGGUGGCCAUAUAGUAAAUCAGGUUAUCAAUCAAGACGGAACUACGACUUCUUACAUCCAGCACCAGCAGCAAAACCCGCAGCGGCAAAUUCUGAUAUCCACCGACGCAAAACGUAAGGCUAAAAAGCGAAAAAGCACCGGUUCCACAAAUCCAAUGCUAUCACCACAGCAGCAACCACAACCACAGCAAACCUCAACGGUAACGCAACAAACGCUUCAGCAGAUCGGUCAGUCCGGAACCAUGCUCCAGCUUACCCCACCGUUUCCCACGCAAAGUUUUCAGCUGAGUCAGGGAAUCUCCGGUCUCACGAUAGUUCCGAACAAGAAUUCGCAACCACCGCAGCAGCAGCAACAGCAAAUUCUUCUUCAAAAUGGACAGAUCAUCACCCAGCCGUACAACAUAAUUAGUCAACAGGUCCUUCUUCCCGCCGGCCUAAUGAUGGCACCGGACGCCACAACUCUAGUCCAAAUUCAGAACGUAGGGGCACCAUGUGGCACAAUAAUCAACACUCCACAGGGCAUGAUGAUCCGCGCCCAAAGUCCACAUCAACAGAAAAGCUUCCUCUCGCCCGGCUCAGGUCAGCAGUUUAUAAUGAACAGCAGUGGUCAGAUCAGUCCGAUGGGAGCGCAAAUGUACGGAGGGCCAGUCAACAUCGUUGUUCCGCAGCAGCAGGCUGGUACUGCGUCCUUCGUCCAGCAGGGCACGGCCAUCAUCCAGCAAUCGCAACCCUCGCACAUGGUUCAUCAUCAAGCGGGUGGCAGCAGUGCCAGUUUGAACACCAGCACGGACAGUAGCAGUACGGCCAGCGAGAGUCCCUCCUUGCCCACCACUCCCCAGCCGGCGCCAAUCGUGCAGCAAAAGAGCCUAGCAUCGUCCUAUCUAUCGGGAACGGCAUCGCCGCCGGAUACGACCACCCACAGCCCAAACAGUCCGGAGUGUGCGUCGAGCGAGAAGAGUGGUGGCAGUGCGGACAGCAUGAGCAUGGCUAUGGUGCAAUGUGUAUCGAGUUCGGAACCUGAUUUUGUACCUCCGAGUAUAGCAGAAGGAGCUCAGUCACCUUCGGAGGCUACAGAGAUGUUUGAGCAAGGAGGUUUAUCAUAUCAGCGAAUCGCUUACAAAUCCUCAGAACCCAAAAUCAGACGCAUCCAAACGCCCACCCAUCAGCCACAAUCGUUUACAGUUCGUAGCACCGGUUCCAUGCACGAAAGCAGCCAGCAUUCGGGAAACACUAUCAUUAGCACGAGCUUGCCGUCACCCCAGAUUAACCAGCAUCAGCACCAGCAGCAGCAAUUUCAAAACCAUAUCUUACGCCAUCAGCACAACCACCAGCAGCAGCAGCAGAUUAUCACAAUGUCCCAGGCUGGUAGCCCUUCGACGUCCGGUGGCGUCCAACCCGAUUCUCACGCCCAUUCAAAUACAGGUCCAAACGAAAGUGCCCUCCUUUCUCCCACAACAUUCACCAGCAGCAACAGUAACGGCGUAACGGCCGAAACCUCCUUCGUGAAGUCCGUCGUCAACGUCGGCGAUCUGGUGUGGGGAGCCGUCCGGGGCUUUCCGGCGUGGCCGGGGAAGGUGGUUGAACCGCCCCCGGACGAUGAACACCGUCGCCGCCGCCAGAUUCCGGUCGAUUGCGUGUGGGUCCGCUGGUUCGGAGGCCGCCCGAAUGCGGAGGUUGUCGCCGUGAACGGGCUGAAGACGUUGUCCGAGGGACUCGAGGCCCACCACCGGGCUCAGAAGGAUGCGAGAAAGGGACGAAAGCUGAACUCACAACUGGAGCGAGCGAUUCAAGAAGCGAUGAUGGAGCUGGACCGAUCUUCCGAAACCUCAUCCCCGUUGCCUGCGCAGGCGGCAGUCAACUCGACGAAUUCCGCCGUGAUCAAGACGAAAACGAUCACAAUUAAGGCCUCUCCUACGAGCAGCACCAGCACCAUGUCCAUACCACACCCCAUCAGCAGCAGUCAGCAAUUGGUUACUGCCCCGCCCAACAACAACAACAACAGCAACAAUAAAACAGUAAAACCUCGAGGGCCUAAAUCAAAACUUGUUAAAAUAGCUCCGGCGCCGCCGGUCAACGCCGCGGAACCGAUGCUAGGCAGUGGUUCGUCAAACAGUAGCAACGUUACUCUGGAAUCCAAUAGGGUAAAGUUGAAAUGAAACGCGGCCGAAGAGGAUAGUCUGAGGCCCAAGCAGUUUCUUUUGCUGUUUCCGUAAAGUCUAUCCUACUGUCGAUACACGUCAUGCAGUCCUUUUUACACAAUUAGGUUUUACACCGUGACGUCAUUUGACAGCUCGUGUGCACUGUUUACAUGGUCUUCGUCGAUUGUCGACGAAUUUCCCCGAACAAAAUCGACGACCGCAUCGAACUGUGCUAAGUCCAUGUAAACAGUGCACUCCUUUCUAACCUCCAAAUCGAGUCGGCGUAAAACCUAAUAGCGGAGCAAAUCUGUGAGAUUUCGAAAGUUGAAUUUAAAUUUGAUGAAUGUAUGUUCUUCGGUUUUUGUGACCUAAGCAGUAAUUUUGAAUCUUUCGAUUGGCUAUGACAAUUUGAUUCUGAAUUUGUGUUUUCACAAAAAAUGCUUGAAAUACGCAAUUAUUUUUUAUUCACAAUUGGUCAAUUAAAUUCUCACUACUCACUGAUCAUACUUUGAAGUUGUCCAAAUAUUACGUCCAGAGAUUUUCGGGAUUUCAGACUCAUUUCUGAGUAGGUUCGAUUUGACGAAAACUGAAUGAUUUUCAAACUGCGUGCAGAAAUCCUAGAAAACCAAAAUUGAGACCCUGCAAUCAGGGACUUCAGAUGUCACGUAUCUUGUAGAUGUUUCGAAAUAGUUUUGAUUUGCAGACUCAGAUGAUUCGAUUGACCAUGAGAGAGAGAGAGUGAUCAGUGCUCAAUGAUCAGAAUUGUAUAGGGACUUAUUAAGACGAAUCUAUAAUUUAAAAUAGUUUAUUCGAUCAUUUAACAGAAUAUCUUCAAUGUCCUUUCAAAUUAAAGAAAUAAUGUAUUUCCACAACCGGUAAGAGAGUCCGAGCCACGUAGCCCAGUGGUAACGCUUCCGCCUCGUAAGCGGUAGAUCGUGGUUCAAAUCCCGGCUCGGACCAACACAACUGGUGAUCUUUUCCCUUCUGGAAUCGAUUGCUUAGUAAAGGGAAGGUAGUGUAUCGUCACAAACUGGACCUUAUCACGACACCUUAGGGAGGCGACCUAUGGAAUGUUAACAUAAACCUUAACAUGUUAACAUUAAGUUGAGAAUGAAACUGCCACUGAAUCCGCUUUGUAAAUGCCGGCCCCGAUACUCUUCAAGGGUGUUCCCCUCAGGAACUGGGAAAGAUUUACUUUUCUUACAACCGGUAAGUGAAUCUCAAAGAAUUGCUCACAACAGGAGCUUUUAUAUUGGACACAAAAAAAAUCAGUAAACAUACAAUCAAAAUAAAUCCAACAGAUAGAUACAAACAGUGAAAUCCACACACCCACAUCCAGCAGACAAUAAACCAGCAGAAGCAAACCUCUACUUCAUGCCAAGUUCAUGGCAGAGAGUUUUAAAACAAAGAAUUUGCUAUCGAAUGUACUCAUUCAUUUUACUACAACAAUGAAGAACCGAUAUUGAUGUUUUACGCCCAGCAACACAUAUAGAGCAAAUUUAAAACAAUGUAACCAGCUAUUUAUGAAUGUUUUGCGCUAAGCCGCAUACAUGUUUCUCUUAACGAAAAUUAAGCCCCCAAAAAGGCUUUAGCAAUAAAGUAUUGGACCGAUCGAAUCGCAGAGGUAUUUGAGUGAGCGUUUCGAGUGGGUUGGAAAGCGUAAAUCAAUUCUUGUUACACAUUUUAGUAUUAUUUUCGGUAAAAUUGUUCAAGCUCUAACAAUAAUGCAAACCUAAA